AUGGCGAACACCGCCCUCAUUCCCUUCCUGGUCACGAUGAUGCUCGUGACCGGGGUGUGCAACACCAUUCUGAACAAGUACCAGGAUAUGCAAUGUGUUCGGAACUGCGACUCCCCCGACCGCAGUCAGUGGAAGCUGUUCGAACAGCCGGUCAUUCAGACGGCGCAGAUGUUCGUCGGUGAAAUGGGCUGCUGGCUUGUGCUCGGGCUAUCCAUCCUGUACCGCCGGUACAUCGCACCGCGUCUCUCCCGCGAGCCCGAGCCACUUCUCGCGGGCGGAUAUCGUCCUGUGAAUGGCGAGGAUGAGUCGUUCGAAGAUGAUGAAGACCACGCGGUUGACGGGCCCGAGGCCGCGCGCAGGGACGCCACCAAACCGUUCCCAGAAGACGACACCCGCAUCCCGCUGCGCGGGUGGAGGAUCUUGCUCCUGGCCGCGCCGUCCUGCUGCGACAUUACAGGCACGACGCUUAUGAACGUCGGGCUUCUUUUCGUGGCGGCGAGCAUCUACCAGAUGACGCGUGGGGCCCUUGUUUUGUUUGUCGGUCUGUUCAGCGUGCUCUUCCUCCGCCGCAAGCUCUAUCUCUACCAAUGGUCUGCGCUGUUCGUGGUCGUCCUCGGCGUGGCUCUGGUCGGUCUCGCUGGUGCACUCUUUGGUGGCGAGUCGGGCCAUGACCUCACUCAGGAGGAUGGUGCCUCGCGCAUGAUGCUGCGUGCACGUGCCAUCGCCGGUACUCCGGAGGCAGUGCAGACGGUCGUCGGCGUGCUGCUUAUCGCCGCCGCCCAGAUCUUCACUGCCUCGCAGUUUGUUCUCGAGGAAUGGAUCCUGGAGAACUACGAAAUGGAACCCAUCCAGGUCGUGGGCUGGGAAGGCGUGUUCGGGUUCUCGGUCACUCUCGUCGGCAUGAUCAUUUUGUAUCUGGCUGUUGGGCGGACGGCGGCUGGCCGCUACGGCUACUUCGACAUGAAAGAAGGAUGGCAUCAGAUGAUUAGCCACCGAGCCGUGGCUGUAUCCAGUAUUCUUAUCAUGAUCAGCAUUGGUGGAUUCAACUUCUUUGGCCUAUCCGUCACCCGCUCUGUCUCUGCCACCUCUCGCAGCACCAUCGACACCUGCCGCACGCUCUUCAUCUGGCUGGUCUCCCUCGGCCUGGGCUGGGAGUCCUUCAAGUGGCUGCAAGUCGUGGGUUUUGCGCUCCUCGUUUACGGAACCUUCUUGUUCAAUGACAUCGUCCGCCCCCCGCUCAAAGCUUGCUUGCCCCGUGAACGGCGCGAGGGCGAACUACUGCUUCCCGAGGAGCCGAUUGAGCAUCUCUAA